AGGAAUAGGACUUUCACCUCCUGCUAGAGAGUGAAGGAAUAUAGUAAUAAGCUGAGAAAUCAUUGAGGACUAAAGCAUUACUUUUGGAGUGCAAUAAACGGAGUCUGGGGAAUCACAGUUUUGCCAGGUGACAGCGGAAUCUCCGACUACUGGCCUUUGCUUCCACCCGGGCUGAGACCUUGAAGCGCCAGCUUUUACGUUCUCCCGCUUCUCUCUUAAUCCCACCUCUUCAGGCCACAUCCUGGUUUCCUAAACCAUGUGUGUCUAAUGGCGGCGUUGGUGAAGACAAUUUUUCCUGAGAAAAAGAGCCAUAAAAAAUACAGAGCUUCCCUGAAGAAACAGAAACGAAAAAAACGUCGACAGGAGCUCGCUCGAUUGAGAGAUUCAGAAUGGUUAAAAACAGAAGAGAAAGAGGAAGCCUUUAUUGAAAAGCAAGGAGAAGAAGAACUAUUGGACACAGAAAGGCAAAACUUACAUGAGGAAUGGUUGUUAAGGGAACAGAAAGCACAAGAAGAAUUCAAAAUAAAGAAGGAAAAGGAAGAGGCAGCUCGAAAACAGCAAGAAGAACAAGAGAGAAAAAUGAAAGAAUUGGAAGAACAGCUGAGAAAAGAGAGAGAAGAGGAAGAGCAAAAACUACAGGAGAAAAGAAAAAGAGAGAUGGAAAAGAGUGACACAUGGCAAAACCCAGAACCACCCAUCAACUUGAGAUCAAUGGAAAAAGAUCAAGCCAUUUGUCCAUUUUAUAGUAAAACAGGAGCCUGCAGAUUUGGAGAUAGAUGCUCACGUAAACAUAACUACCCUGCAACAAGUUCCACCCUUCUUAUUAAAAGCAUGUUUACAACAUUUGAAAUGGAACAGUGUAGUAGGGAUGACUAUGACCCUGAUGCAAGUCUGGAGUACAGUGAAGAGGAAACAUACCAGCAGUUUCUUGACUUCUAUGAUGACGUGCUUCCUGAGUUCAAGAAUGUGGGAAAAGUGAUCCAGUUCAAGGUCAGCUGCAAUUUGGAGCCUCAUCUGAGGGGAAAUGUGUAUGUUCAAUAUCAAUUAGAAGAAGAAUGCCAAGCAGCCCUAUCUCUGUUUAAUGGACGAUGGUAUGCAGGAAGACAGCUUCAGUGCGAAUUCUGCCCAGUGACCCAGUGGAAAACGGCGAUUUGUGGUUUAUUUGAAAUACAACAGUGUCCAAGAGGAAAUCACUGCAACUUUCUUCAUGUGUUUAGAAAUCCCAACAAUGAAUUAUGGGAAGCAAAUAAAGACAUCUGUAUGUCUCCAGGUUGGACUAAUUCCUCCUUUAGUAAUAACUUGGAGAAGAAAGAGAGAAUCAUCUACUAUGGCAAAUACUAUGGCAAGACAAGGAGAAGAAGCAACCCUAGUCCAGAUCAUUUCUACAAGAGAAAUAGAGAGCCUGAGAGGAAGAGGAGAAGUAAUCACAUGGCAAAGAAAUCUCAAGAAUACAUAACGAAGAGUGAUGAGAGACCCAAUUCACAAAGUGGAGGAAGAAAAGGGGCCCCUAGUCACAAUAGCAGAAGCCACCUGAGAAGGACUCAGAGCCAGAGCUGGCCUGGUUCCAAGAGUCAUUGCAGUAGGUGUUCAGAUAGUAAAGAUCAUACUAUUCAGAGACUCAAAUUCAAGUAAAUCUAUUUGCUGGAAAUUGUGAUAUAUCUUAUUGUGGCUGCACAUAUUUGGAUAGAGAGCUAUGAGCUCAGAUAGUCAUAAGUCUGGCUGACUCCCUGUAUAAAAGAUCUCAUUUAAAAAUACAUUUUUUUCUCUGAAAAUCAAAAGUUACAUGUUUAGAUACGGAAAACUUAAGAUAAUAAAAUGCAUAAACCACAACAAGAAAAUUUUUUGUAAUUCUGUCUUGGGAAAUAAUCAUCUUUGGAAAUUUUUUCCCUAUUAUUUUUAAGCGAGUGAACUUUUUUUAUAUAAAGUAAAAAUCAUACAUGACUAGAACUAACUAAUAUGCUAUCUUUUCAUCCAUAUUACCUUGUCAUAUUUCAUCAAGCCCUGAUUUUUAUGUAAUUAUUUUUCAGGUAUAUAAAAUUAUCAAUUUAAUUAAAAUUUACAUCUGAUUUCACAUUA